ACGGGCUUCUAGAGCUAAAUUUAAACGGAUAGCAAGAAUUUCCCGUAACAACCUGUAUCUCCUCCUCCGCCAACUCACGGAUUUCUCUUCUCCUCUUCCUCCUCCGCGACGCGAAUUCUCUUCUUCUUCUUCCUCCUCCUCCUCCUCUCCACGCUUCCCCAGAUCAAAAUUCCUCUUCGAGAAGCUUCACGGCUCGCGAUUCGAGCACCGGGGCCGCUCCACGCGGCCAGGCGGGGGCGAUUUCCGCGGCGGUGGGGUAGCGGCGCGGAGGCUACGCCGCUGGUUGGGCGGGGGGAAUGCUCUACCUCAAGCUUCCGGCCGGGCAUUUAGGGUUCCGGCCGGCGGCGGAGGGGUGGUGAUCCGGUGUCGUCGGCGGCGGCGGGGCCUGGGGGGUGGUGGUCCGAGCGGGGUGAUCCGGCCGCGGGGCCGUCCAUGGAUGCAGCUGAGGCUGCGGCGGAGCAGGAGGCGGAGGCCGCCUGCCUGCAGAGCUUCGAGCUCUACGAGAGCGAGUCGAGGUUUUAUAUUUUUGGAACUAACACUGGCAAAACACAUUGGAGAUUACUGAAGAUUGAUAGAUUGGAGCCAUCAGACCUUGACCUACACGAGUGUCCUACCGUGUAUACACAAAGUGAAUAUUGUGGACUGUUAAAAAAUCUUGAUAAAGAGCACAGGUUGACUGGUGGUAUAAAGUUUGUUACAAAAUUUUAUGGCAUAAUUGGUUUCAUAAAGUUCGUUGGACCAUUUUACAUGUUAAUUAUUACCGAGCAGAGGAAAAUUGGGGAAAUCUUUGAUCAUCCAGUAUACCAGGUGACUAAGACUUCAAUGGUCGAGCUAGCAAAUUCUAAGAUGCGAUCCAAAUUUCUAAAUUCCAAGGAUGAGAACAGAUACAGGAAGAUACUGAAUACACUUGAUCUCAGGAAGGACUUCUUUUUCAGUUACUCAUACCCUAUAAUGAGAAGUCUUCAAAAGAACUUGAGCGAUCCACAGGAAGGAUGGAGCGUGUAUGAGUCAACUUUUGUGUGGAAUGAAUUUCUCACUCGAGGGAUACGCAAUUUUCUCAGAACUACUUUGUGGACUGUUGCAUUGGUCUAUGGUUUUUUUAAGCAGGAUAAAUUUUCAAUAUCUGGGAAGGACAUCAUGUUCACGCUCAUUGCUAGGCGCUCAAGGCAUUUUGCUGGAACCAGAUAUUUGAAGAGAGGAGUGAAUGAGAGAGGCAGAGUAGCAAAUGAUGUUGAGACCGAGCAAGUUGUUUAUGGAGCUGGGCCUAGGCCUACAGAAGUAAGUUCUGUUGUGCAGAACAGGGGUUCAAUCCCAUUAUUCUGGUCACAGGAGACAUCAAAAAUGAAUAUUAAACCUGAUAUUAUACUGCAUCAGAAAGGCGAAAAUUAUGAAGCUACCAGGCUCCAUUUUGAGAAUCUCAGGAGAAGAUAUGGAGAUCCUAUCAUUAUUUUAAACUUGAUUAAGAAACGUGAGAGGCGAGAGUCAAUACUUCGUCGUGAAUUUGAUAGGGCAAUACGGAUAAUAAACGAGAGCAUACAAGAGGAGAAUCAUCUGAGGUUCUUGCAUUGGGAUCUUCAUGAAAACUCUCGAGGAAAACCAACAAAUGUGCUUGAUGUUCUUUUGAAAGUGGCAUUUCGUGCUCUGAGGUUGACAGAGUUCUUCUAUUGUCAACUUGCACCACCUACAGGGUCUGAUAUUGCUCACCAUUGGCCUUCUCUAUUGAGUGGUCUUGAUCCAUUUUUAUGUGAAGAAAACAGCAACAGCGACAACACAGACUGUAUGGAAAUUGUUGGUGACAUGUCACAAGAAGACAUCUCUGGCAGUUCUGAUUCCUCUUGCAAUGGAACUGUAGAAGAUAAAGCUGAAAACAACGAAUUGCCACCACUAAAACCACCAAAAUUCCAAAAGGGUGUCUUACGGACGAAUUGUAUAGACUGUUUGGAUCGAACUAAUGUUGCCCAGUAUGCCUAUGGUUUAGCUGCUCUUGGACAUCAGUUGCAUGCGCUUGGUUCUAUAGAAUCCCCAGAACUUGGUUUAGAUGACCCCUUGGCUCAUCAUUUGAUGCACUUCUAUGAGAGGAUGGGUGACACCCUUGCUGUACAAUACAGCGGUUCAGCUGCUCAUAACAAGAUAUUCUCUGCAAAGAGAGGUCACCUGAAGCUUUUUAUUCGAUCGCAAGAGUUCUUCAGAACACUACAACGGCACUACAGCAAUACUUGUAUCGAUGCUAACAAACAAUCAGCCAUAAACUUAUUUCUUGGAUACUUCCAACCACAGCAAGGAAAACCUGCACUCUGGGAGCUAGAGUCGCCUUCAGUGGAUCAUAUCGGUGUACUUUCUGGUGAUCACACACGUACAAUGAAAAGAGUGAAAUCAGAUGGCAACAUUCUUUGUGAAAGCAACACAUCCAUAUCUGGGUGUAGUGGUUGUUAUAACAAAGACAAGGAACCGUUGAAUGCAGCCUCACCUGAUGUUAAAUGUGGGUCACAGUGUCCAGUAUCGGAAUCUCAUUCUGUGCAGGACAAUGAAAUUUCAUCAACCUGUGAAAGUGAGGUAUCAAACUUAAGGCAUACUCCCACAUUAUCUCAGAUACAUCAUGUUCCAGGCAUUGUUGAAAUUGACUGUUGCAUUAAUUCUGGUGAUUCAAACUUUCUGGAUCUUGAAUGGCUCUCAGCUUCAGGCAACUCAAGCGAUGAAAGGUCUAUUGCAAUUAGUACUCCAGAUAUUAACCUUUCAGCGGAGAAUGUUAUUGGUGGCCUAAAUUCUGAAACCAUGGAAAACCAAGGUGCCGAUGUCCAUGCUCAGAAUUUACCUGAGCAUUUCGUUCAGUGGGUUAACCACGGAGAUACUUUUUGGUAUUAAGAUUACCCGAUGCUGUGUCAUGUAUGCCUCAGCCACUUGGAAGACCAAAAUUCUCUGUUCCAAGUGGUCAUGAGACGGAUUUGAAUAGAGUAGGAGUGAAGAGAUAGAUGGCACAGCACUUCACGCAUUCGCCUUGUGAUAUAUGUCCACACCAUCCCAAAAUCCUUGUAGGAAAGGUUAGAAUUCAGUUUAUUUGUUCCCAUGUUCUUCUAGGAGGGCAAAUAGAUAGGCCUUUCCCCCCUAAUUUUUUGAAAGAAAGUAGAGGUAGAUAUGCUUUAUAUGGAUAUUAUAUUUUUUUUCUUUCAAAAUUUGUAACUCUGUUUGUGGGAACAUUCCGUUUCAUGUGUAAAUAUUAUUUUGUAUAUGACGUGUUUUGGGUUGGUGAGGUCCAUAGGGUGGACUACAAAGACCUUGUUUGGAGAGUUUAAAAUUCUAAGAAACAGAUAAUGAGAACUUGAGAAGACAGCUGAUGAAAAUCUAGAAAAUACAGGUUUCCUAGCUUAUAGUAGCUUCUCGUUUAUUUUAUUUAUUUUAUAACUGCAUAUCAUCAGAAUUUGAGUGUUAUUUGG